GUGUUAAGCAUUAUUAAACUUCUCGCGCUCUAAUCCAAGUGUAACCCGCGCGGUUUACGUGGUCGGAACGAAAACUAUGCGGCACGAUGAAGAGGCCAAGAAGAAUCGGUGGUGGCCUACCGAGCGGGAAAAAGCUGGACUACUGCCAGAAGGUGUGUCAAGCUCGAGGAAUAUUGCUGGUGUACUUGACUAUCUGUGCUGCGCUGCCGGCACUAUUUUCACCGCGUCAGCAUACGUACGCGAAACUACAUUAAAAGAAGGUACGCAGUGGCAUGUAAACGAUGCCAAUGAUGAUUUGCAGUUGGAGCAAGACUUGACCUUCUUCGAGCCGACAGCAGCGAACGUCAGUGCGUUUAUAGGACAUACCGCAUAUCUACCAUGCCGUGUGCGAAAUCUGGGCGACAAAGUAGUUUCCUGGAUGAGAAGCAAGGACCUCCAUAUUCUCACUUCGGGAUAUUACUCGUUCAGCUCGGAUCCACGAUUUGGAGUCCAGCAUGUGCCAGGCAGCGAUGUCUGGACUCUCAGGCUGGAUAACGCCAGAGAGACGGAUUCUGGCAAGUACGAGUGCCAGGUCAAUACGGAACCUAAGAUCAUGUAUGCAGUGCAGCUCUCAGUACGAGAUCCGGACCAACCGGAGGGAUACGAUGAACCAUAUUCUCAGCAGACGCGUAUAAGACUUCCAGGUUACGAGAGUACAGCUCCGGUGGCGAACAUAAUAGGACCCCAGGAGCAAAGGGUGCCGUCGGGCUCGACGAUCACCCUGAGGUGCGUCAUAUUGUCGCCGUAUCAGACCCGUCCCAUCAGGGGUGUACAAUGGCUUCGGGAUAACAAACUCCUAACAUUCCAGGCAGCGCGCGGAGGAAUAAGUGUGGAGACCGAAAAAGGUGCGGCACGUACAGUAUCUGUGUUGAUUUUGGCGGCGGUGACACAAGAUGACAUUGGAAACUAUUCAUGCAGGCCGACGGAGGGUCGAUCAGCUACUGUCACUUUGGUCGUUGAGGAAGAGGAACGCACGGAAGCCAUGCAACGUGACGCCGGAUACGUCUCUUCCGGAAGUAACGUCAGGCACUGGCCCGGACUUCUACUUCCGGUUUCGUGGCUUCUAAUACUCGCGCGCAACAGCCAAACUUUCUUGCUCUAGCACACAUACACACCCGACAGUAUUUCACGCUUAUUUCUUGCCGUUUCCAAUGCUAAAAUGUACCUAAAAUGUGACCAAGCCGAUUUAGAUCGUAAGAUAGAUUUGUAGAUCUUAAAAACAUAUUUAUAAAUGUGUCGCGAUGUGAUACAUGCGCAAACGUAGCAAUUAAAUUCGUAAAAUAGAGAUUACGCACUCCAGAGGGAUUGCGAUAAAAGCUACUUAUAUAUAUUUUAUGUAAUCGUGGAUGAAUUUAUUAAGCUUGAUUUAACUCGGUCAAUUUCAUAAAUAUUAUUGUAUAAAUUAUCGAAGAGAAUUUUGCAAUCUCGCGCACGCAGUAAUAGAAAUUGCAAAUGUUUAUGGUCAAAUUAAUAAGUUAUAUCAUGAUAGGUAAAUUAGAUUAGUAAUUAUAAAUAAUAUAGUUCAUUAUAGUAUAUAUAAUGCGAUCGAGGGCUUGAAAUAUUGUAAAAUGAUAUAUGUAUGUUACAUGAAGAAAAGUCAGUUCUCCUUGUCCUUCAAAGCAUCAACUUUUCUUUUGCUAAUAAAAGUACAAAAAAUGUUGUAUAUCUUCUCAAUUCCUCGAUCGCGUGUAAGAAGAUGAUAAGUAAUUUGUGGGAAUUUCAUACAAAUGGUGAUGGAAAUAAAGACAAAAUGUCCUAGCACAACA